AUGGCAUACUUCCACGGAAAUAUGAGCAAGUGCCACCGUAGCGAGAUAAAUAUUCCAAACCGCGGCGGCCUGACAUGGUUUAUCUGUAACACUGAAGUCAACUUAAGAAAACAAAGCAGUUUUCAACAGCAGAUGCGGAGAUAUCGCUCAGCCAAUCUUGUUGUAAGAGAUGUACGCAACGUAACAAGCUUAAACGGCACGACGGGGUUCCUACCACGUCAACCUCAGAGCAUCUCAGCUACGACCUUAGCAGGCAAGCACAAUUCUGUCAGCGUUGUCUCGCAAUUCGCAUCAGAUAGUCGUCAGCAUAUAUCCAACAGUGCAGACGAUGCAGGUCCACGCUCGAAUGGCAAUGGAAGCGCUCUCUUGAUGACGCUACUGUCAUACUCACCAACACGUUGGGGAUUGCAAGGUACUCUUGUCCCAUGGUCAAUCCUUCUACUUGAAGUUGACGAGCCGUGCGGCCAGACGGACCAAGUCUAUCGAACAUGGUCAACCGGACUUUAUGAUCCAGAUGAGUCACUCCCGUCAUCCUGCCAUCGCUAG